AUCCAUUGUGUCUCACCUACCUAAGCAUGGGCACACAGGUGCUAGAACAGGACUGAAGGGGCAUCUGGACUUUCUCUAAUACAUUUUUGGGGGGAUCAAGCAUGUGAACUUUAACACACCUCCACUAAUGAAUCCAGAAGAUACCAAUUCAGUUUUUUGUGGCUUUUAUUUCUCUGAUUUUUUUCACAAACUAUCUGGUUGUAUUAUUCCUUAUUUACUUUUGGAUAACAAAACCACCUUUCUUCAUCAAUAAUUAUCUUACUGUCUCUCCUUUGAGAAACACUCAUCAGAAUACUCCAUCUCCAGUUCAGAAUUCUACCUGCUCAGCUUGAAGCUCUUCCAGGCUUACUGUUCUUCACCUUUGACCCGAUCCUUUCUCAAGGCCGCCUUUAUCAGAUCGCUCCAGCAGUCUGUUGCUGCACUCUCCUUCUUCCCCUCAGAUCCCUUCAUCACCACAUUCCUCAUCCAAUUCUCACAGUGACCCUCGGAGCUUCCGUGGACUCCCACUAACACCAUGGUGCUGAUGAAGAUGAAGUUCCCUUUUGAGAAGAGAAUGAAGCUAGCCCAGGGGCUGUGGCUGCUCUCCUGGAUGGCCACACUGGCUGGAGCGUUGACUUUCACCCUGGGCUGCUUCCUCAAGACCGAGCUCCGCAGGAGGGCAGAGGUAAUGGACAACACAGAGAUCCAUGCUGUGCCCAACACCCUGAUGAUAGUGGGUCUGGCCUCUCUGGGUAUCAACUACUUCGCUGGCCGUAUGUGCCAGGAUGCCCUGGAUGCCGGACGCUUCCCCCGCUGGAAAACCUUCCUACAACCCUACUGGGGAGUCUCCCUCUUUUUCACACUCCUCAUGCUGUCGACUGUGAUCAUGAGCUACGCUAUGAAGGGGAAUCUGGAGUGGUCCCUGAAGAUCGGCCUGAAGAACGGCAUCCGCUUCUACAAGGACACAGACACACCCGGCCGCUGCUUCCAGAAGCAGACCAUUGACCGCCUGCAGAUGGAGUUCCAGUGCUGUGGAAACACCGACUUCAAGGACUGGUUCGAGGUCCAGUGGAUCAGCAACCGCUACCUAGACUUUAGCUCUAAGGAAGUGAAGGACCGUGUUAAGAGCAACGUGGACGGGCGUUACCUGUUUGAUGGGGUCCCUUUCAGCUGCUGCAACCCCAGUUCCCCAAGACCCUGCAUCCAGGACCGCCUCACCAACAACUCAGCCCACUACAACUACGAGCACCAGACCGAGGAGCUCAACAUCUACAUCCGCGGCUGCAGGGAGGCUCUGGUCAAUUACUACAUGGGCCUGAUGAACACUAUUGGUGCUGCGGUGCUGUCCAUCUUCCUGGUCCAGUCAUCAGUGUUGGUAAGUCUGCGGUACCUGCAGACAGCCAUGGAGGCGGUGGCAGGGCAGGAGAACACUGAGAUUGAGACCGAGGGCUACCUCCUGGAAAAAGGGGUGAAGGAGACGAUCAUGGAGUACGUGACUCCUGUGCUGGUUUUCCUUCAGCUGAACCAGGUGGGAAGUGAGGACGCUGAAGCUGGGGAGACCCCCGCCAAAUAAUGAGGAGAAAUCUAAAUGUUUCAAACUGGGUGGUGUACAGGGCAAACAUGGCACUUUAUUGGGUGAUAAAUAAUCUAACUAGACACUGAUCAAUUCAUUUGGUAUUUCUUUGAUAUCACAAUCCAUUCCAAUGCUGAUAUGUUUUACCCCAAAUGAGUGAUUUGAAUGUUGUAAUCUAUUUCAGUCACUUGAGGGCAAAUAUAUUUUUGUGUCAGUUGUCCCAGUCUGAGUUUUAGGUACUCAUGGCCACACACACACACACACACACACAUUAAACACAUUAACGUCACCCCAAGCCCUCCAUAAUCCUUUCAUGAUUAAUGAAGCUAUUUGAUGUUCAGUCAAUUCCAUGUACUCCCCAAAGGAGAAAUAAAGAACACAAUUGCUUUUUUAGAACCGGGGAUUGACAUGUACUAUCAUUUCGACCGGUCCACAAUCCACCUUGAAGGAAAAUUUGGUUGUGGUUCAUUAAAAGAUCAUUAAAUUGAGAAAGAUACAAAACCAGCUGUAACAUGGUCAUGACAUUAAUUAGUUGGAUAUGUUCAAUUACUUCACAAUUUCAGUGUUCAAUAGUCAAUACCACAAUAAUAUCAUGGUUGACACAUACAAUGUAAAGAUAUUUCCAAUUACUGAAGGAUAGAGCUAUGUCAAAUUGAUAAAGACACAAAUAAAAAAAAUAGAAUUUUGAGGAAUACUUGCAAUGUAAAGCUGACUGUAGAACGAUACACUGCUCAAUGUUCUGCUACUUAACACUUAGCAAAAUGACAUACACAGCACUGUACUACAGAACUAUUAUGACAGGGAAUCUAUUAAAGUUGACCAUUUUGAAUUGC